ACUCGUGAAAGAAACCAACAAAAAAAAAGAAAGUUAAAAAUUAAAACAGAACAAAACGUAUAUUUGGCGUGAAUCUGAAUCGGCAUCAGGGUCGUGUCCGCGCGCGACUGCCCCGCCGUCGAUCGUGUGUGUAGUUAAUUUUUGUUUUGUUUCGUUUUGUUGUUUUGUGUUGUUUUGUGUUGGUUGUUUCCUGGCAUGUCGGCCGUGAAAGCUCUCCAGCAGUGGUGUAAGAUUCGGUGCGAGGGCUACCGGGACGUGAACAUCACCAACAUGACCACGUCCUUCAGAGACGGGCUGGCGUUUUGUGCCCUCAUCCACAUCCACAGACCCGACCUCAUCAAUUUUGACUCCCUGAAGAAGGACAACGUCUAUGAGAACAACAAACUGGCAUUCAGGGUUGCAGAGGACGAACUGGGAAUUCCAGCCCUGUUGGAUGCAGAAGACAUGGUGGCGCUUAAGAUUCCUGACCGCCUCAGUAUCCUGACAUAUGUCUCCCAGUACUACAACUACUUCCAUGGACGCUCUCCCAUUGGCGGUAUGGCAGGUGUGAAGCGUCCAUCAGAGGGCUCUACAGAGGAGCCAUCUGGAAAGAAGAAUCAGCCUGUGGUCUCCAAGGUGUUCCCCUCCUCCAAACCCGCCACGGAGAACUGCCCUCCCAGACCCUCCCCCAGCCUCAACCCCGUCCCCACACCAGUUAGACCUCCACAAACGGCCAGCAUUUCAACAAAGGACGUGUCUGUUGAGAAGUCCAAUCCAGCAGGCACCCUCAAUAAUAAGUGCGUGUCCUGUCACAAGCACGUUCACUUGGUACAGCGACAUCUAGUGGACGGGAAACUCUAUCACAGAAGCUGUGCCAAGUCAAACACACCUCUCAGAGAUUUGCCCAGCAAUACCCUUGUAUCCAAAUACGCCCCUGAGUCACAACCCUCUAGGGCCAACACAACUAGCCCUAACCCUGCCCCCUCCAAGUUGGGGCCAUCCUGGCUUUCUUCCACGAGAGACAGGUCCAUCGCUCCGGUCACCAUUUCAACCACCAUCUCUACAUCAUCUCCGCGGCAGUCUGAUUUGAGCUUUUCUCCCUCAAGCAGAGGUCGUGAGACUGCUCCCAACCCCACACCCACACCCACCGCCACUGUCACCAAGCCCACUGCAGCCCCACGGGCAAUGUAUAGCUCUACUUUCACCACCACCGUCGUCACCACUCCUGCUGCAGCCUCACGGACCUCUACUACUGCAGAGAAGACACAGCAAGCCAAGCUGAAUUUCCCCCAAAAUGGAAAUAUUGGUACUGCUGCUGGGGCUGACGACAAGACACCAGUCAAGAAGUUAAACACAAGUAGGGGGUUGAAUGUGAACUAUCAGGGCCAGGGAUUGAAGGGUGAUCCGCAUGUUAAUGUGGUUGUGAGUGUCACCGAUGUGGGGAAUAAGGAAGUCUAUGUGAAAGGGGGCUCAGGUGGUAAUAGGGUUAUAGCUGUUGACUUAGGAGGGGGUCACGGAAAGGCCGGGUCUAAAGGUGAGAACAGUAGCAGUAGUAAAACCCAGGCUGCAGCCGCCUUUAUCUCUAAGAAACUAUCUAAAGAGAGCAACAAUAAUGAAAUUAAGCCAGCAUGGACCAACGUAGCGCUGAGGAAAACUGACAAACCUGAACCUGAGCCCCCGAAGAAGGUGUCUGAGGGUGCCAAGGUACGAGUGAAGCUCAAAGCGAACCCCUCACUUCUAGCUGACUUGCAGAUGCCAUCCAUAACUCCUAGCCCGACCCCAACCCCAACCAGCAGGAGCGGACUGGCUGCCAGAGCCCCAGAUAUCGGGUCCUCCAAGCCUACCAGUACAGCAUCAUUCAACAUUUUAGAAACAUCGGAGAGCAGUCAUUCUCCUACAGAGUGGAGGUCGAUGCUCAAACCUGUCUCCAAGGAAACAAAACCUGUAGGUCCAAAGCAGGCAUCUCCUGUCCUCUCCAAUAGGAAGGAAAUGGGCAGUCCCUCAAAACCCCAGGCUACUGGAGAAGGAAAGUCCCAGAUUUCAGAGCCAAAACCAGGCCCUUCCUCCACGCAUCUCCCCAGUCACCGUGAUUCUAGCUCUGGAUCUGGACCUACGGGCUCUCUGAAUGGAAAGAGCUCUCCAACUGCAAAUGGUGUCCAGCCAGAGCUGAAGACCUCUAAGACCAAACCAGAUUACAUCCCCAAGGAGAGGAUUCUUCAGGAGCUGCAGGGGAUCGAAGAUAACCUGAAUGAUUUGGAGGGGAGAGGAGUGGAUCUUGAAUUGCGGCUUCGCCACUGUGAAGAAGAGGGGCAAGAGGACACCAACAUGGAUGAAUUAAUGGUUGAAUGGUUCAACCUGAUCAGGAACAAACAGGUGGCCAUACGCCGUGAGUCCGAACUGGUGUACAUAGCGAGAACCCAGGACCUGGAGGAACAGCAGCCUAGUGUGGAACAAGAGCUUAGGGGACUGUUGGAGAAACCAGAACAUUUGAAAACAACGAGGGACCGGAGAAGAGAAGAGGAGCUGAUGGCCAAACUGGUUGGGAUUGUCAAUGAUAGAAAUGCUAUAGUUGACGGUCUGGAUGAAGACAGACUCAGGGAGGAAGAGGAGGACGAGCAACUGAACAAGAUGAUGCAGAAUUUUGACAUGAAAAAAGACAAGACAAAGAAAAAGUCUCCCAUGUCCAAGUUGUUCAAGUGGGGAAACAAGAAGGAGGGGUGACACGGUGGUGAUGGAGGGGACCCCAGUGACCGGAGGACCGCGAACACAGGCCGCCGCCGCCGCCUCUUUUUCUCUGAUGUGUCCUCCGCUCUCGCCAUGGACUUAAUGCCGCAACUCAUCUCUGAUUCACAGGACAUGGCUGGUGUGCGCACGUGUGUGAGUGAGUUAGUAGGGGUGUGUUACCUGUCACCACUCCCAUCACUGAUUCUGGAAAGGUGCUCCUCCCUCUGUCUACUCCAUCACUCAUGAUGCUGACAUUACCCCAGCCCCACCGGCGAGACACACACACACACGCACACACACAUACACCCCCCCCCCCCCCCCGUUAAAGGGUUAGUGACUCACCAGUGUUAGCGGUGCUGUGAUUGGGUUCAGUGCCCCAGUUGAUGUUUAAUCCCCCUCUAAUCUUAAUCCGUCUACUUAGACUACACACUCGCAUACACACAGUUUCCUAAUACUCAUUACUUUUGGGUCUCGUUGGAAUAUUGUGCGUGUUUGUGUGCUCAUGUUGAAAGGCUGCAGACAACAAGACUUGCCGUUACACAGGUCAGACAACUCAUGUUGGACAUCGUUGUGGCACUGACUCUCUGUCAUAUCUGGUCUUCAGACGAUUAGCUGCUGCACUGGGCUGCUAACUUCAGCCGCCAGUGUACUGACCCUGUCUUACUGUGCUGCACUAACACACCAAGUAAACCCGGCGCACAACUGCGUAAAGGUGUCUUGACCACAGCAAGCACGCUUCUUCUGUCCUUCUCUCAGUAGAGAGAUAGUAUGUCAUUGUAAAACCGACAUGCAACCACAGUGUUACUGUACUACUGUUGUGGACACCUACUGUAACACUUUGAAAUCUGAGCCCCCCAAAACACACAC